AUGGUGUAUCCCGAGGUCGGUAUGGAGGUUCUGCUCGAGAACCUGGAGCAAAUUGUCUUCUUUUAUGAAGACUCUCCCUUCUCUUCUGUGACCCACAAGGUUGUAUCUCUUGUGGCCAUUGUCUACGCCAGGCAAAUGUCUGAGCUGGCGGUUUCACCCUGCGAGGGAUCCUUUAUAGUCUUGGAGAAGGACAAGGAGGACUUCUUUUCUACUCAAGCCGCCCGCUGCUGGACCCGGCCUCCUUUACCACCGGACGCAUUGGUCCUCUUGUGCUGCGGGUACCCGGCCUCUUCUGCCGCCCGACUAAAGCUUUGGGGACCCGGACCGGCCCUCUCCUGCUGCUCCUCCUCGACGCCGCCUCCUCCUCGAUUAGGCAGCCGAGGCUCCUGGAUCCCUUCCCUUUGUGCCCCACAGGUCACUGCGAAGACCGCCUUUAUAUUCAUCUUACCUCAGUAUAACAGCAGCCUCCAGUCUCUGGAGGGUGAGAUUGUCUACUAUCACUACGGGGCGAAAGAUCUGGUCACUAUUCUGUUCUACAUCAUCAUAGCAAUCAUACUACACGCCAUUGUACAGGAGUAUGUUCUAGAUAAAAUAAAUCGGCGGCUCCACCUCUCUAAGGUAAAACAAAGCCGUUUUAAUGAGUCCGGGCAGCUCGCCGCGUUUCACCUGGCCUCCAUGUUUUGGAGUCUGUACGUAUCGGCCUCGGAAGGAUAUUUAUCCAAUCCAAAGACCCUGUGGGAGAGCUACCCCCACGUCUACUUACCUUUUCAGGUGAAGUUCUUCUACCUGUGUCAGUUGGCGUACUGGCUCCACGCUCUCCCCGAGUUAUACUUCCAGAAGGUGAAGAAAGAAGAAAUCCCUCGCCAGCUGCAGUACAUCGUUUUAUAUCUACUUCAUAUCGGAGGGGCCUAUUUACUAAACUUGACCCGCUUGGGGGUGAUAUUGCUGCUAUUGCAGUCUGUAUCAGAAUUUCUCUUCCAUAUUGCAAGACUCUUUUACUUCACAGAUGAAAACAAUCAGAAACUAUUUAAUGCCUGGGCGGUGGUAUUCGUGGUCACAAGGCUGUUUACACUCACCCUUUCCGUUCUCACCAUUGGAUUUGGCCUCGCCAAGGCGGAGAUCCACACCUUUAACCCAGACAAGGGAAAUUUUAACACGUUACUUUUCAGGAUGAUUGUACUUCUCCUGAUGUGCAUUUCACAGACGUGGAUGAUGUGGCGAUUCAUUCAUUUCCAGCUGCGCCGUUGGAGAGAGUCUUGUAAGGAGCAGGCUGCCAAGAAGAAGACCGCCGUCGCUCCUGUCGUACCCAAACAGCAGCUCAAGGUGCUCAAAAGGGAGUCAGGUUAUCACGAAAACGGACUGCUUAAAGCAGAGAACGGUUCCACACCUCGACAGAAGAAAAUCAAAUCUCCGUAAACGCCAAACUCGAGAGCAAAGCCUGGGAACACCCGGAAGACCACCAGGACUAAGUGUACUCCGGACUUCUGCCAAUGCUACGGCCCCUUUGUGGGCCAACGGAAAAAAAAAAAAAAGUGCCUU